AUGGCUGCGAUGACAUUGUUGUUAAUUUUUAACCUAGUUGUAGUAAGAGCUCACGAUUAUGGUGACGCACUCUCGAAAAGCAUUUUGUUCUUUGAAGGCCAACGCUCGGGGAAGUUGCCAUCGUCUCAACGUACAACUUGGAGAGACGAUUCUGCUUUACGCGACGGUUUUGAUGUUGGUGUGGAUUUGGUUGGCGGAUAUUACGAUGCUGGAGACAAUGUGAAAUUUAAUUUUCCGAUGGCAUUCUCAACGACAAUGUUAGCAUGGGGAGUAAUAGAAUUCGGCAAGGCAAUGGGAGACGAAGAUUUAAACCACACAUUAGAAGCCAUUCGAUGGGCCACUGACUAUUUUCUCAAAUCAUCCGCCAUAAACAACACUCUUUACGCUCAAGUAGGGGAUCCAUACGGCGAUCAUAACUGCUGGGAGAGGCCAGAUGACAUGGACACCCUUAGGACUUCCUACUCCGUCACUGCCCAAAAACCCGGUUCGGAACUCGCAGGAGAAAUGGCCGCCGCCCUUGCCGCCUCUUCCAUAGCUUUUAAAUUUUAUGAUUCUUCUUAUUCCACUCUUCUCCUCCAAACAGCAUCUAAGGUGUUUGAAUUUGGAGACAAGUAUAGAGGAUCUUACAAUGAUAGCCUUGGAAUUGAAGUCUGCCCAUUUUAUUGUGAUUAUGGUGGCUAUGAGGAUGAGUUGAUAUGGGCAGCAGGGUGGUUACUUAAAGCAACUAAGAAACCAUAUUAUUUGAAUUACAUAAAUAAGAACAUUCAUAAUGUUCAAUCAAUUGAUAAUAGAGGUAACUUUGCUGAAUUUGGUUGGGACACCAAAAAUGCUGGAAUUAAUGUUCUACUUUCCACCUUUCAAAAACAGAUUGGUUCGAGUCUCUUCGUUCAACUCGCUGAUCAAUUUAUAUGUAGUUUACUUCCUGACUCGCCUAGUAAAAGUGUGUCAUAUUCGCCAGGUGGGAUGCUAUAUAAAGCAGGAGUAUGCAAUAUGCAACAUGUAACAUCCAUCUCAUUCCUCCUAGUUGUAUACACUCGUUACUCGAACAAUGCAAAGAGGAAAAUUCAAUGCGACGGUUCAUACAUAAGUUAUACUCGUCUCAUAAGACUAGCCAAAAAACAGGUUGAUUAUAUGUUAGGAAGCAAUCCAAUGAAGAUGUCUUUUAUGGUGGGAUAUGGUUCGAAGUUCCCUCAAAAGAUUCACCAUCGGGGAUCUUCAUCGCCAUCGAUCCACGUACAUCCUGAACAUAUUAGUUGCAAGGAAGGAUCGAUGUAUUUCAAUAGCAUACAACCCAACAUGAAUUUGUUAACCGGUGCCAUUGUAGGAGGACCGGACAUAAAUGAUAAGUUCGACGAUUCACGGGCUAACUUUGUUCAAACCGAGCCUACUACCUACACAAAUGCUCCAGCGGUUGGGCUCUUGGCCUAUUUCAAACAACGGGCUAGAAAUCAAACAAAAGGCGGGGUUAUCGGUUGCAAUUCUUCAAGGUUUUCUUGCAAGCGUAUAAUAUACUAA